GUUGGUUGCUUUGGUGAACUUUUCAUUGUAACUGGAUAUGGCAUUUCGAAAAAUCAGGUUCCCGUCGAUGUCAAGAACAGACUUGUGGCUUUUUGAUCGUUAUGCUGCGUGUUGGGAACACAAACAGGAAGGAUCUUUGCCUUGGAAGGACAUUCUGUCCAUAGUCACAGUGAUGAUGGCGGAAGUGCGAAUGGUACUUUAUGAAGACGAUUCAGUGCACGUGCAGUAUGUCGAUGGUUCCAGACUGCAGGUUUCUCCCUGUGGCUCUGAAUUUUUAUUUGAAAAGGCACUACCUGUUUCAGCACAUCCUUUAGAACAACCAGAAAGAAUUCGUCAAAGGACACACUUUGUUAUUAGCACUUUCCGAGAGCAACUACAGCGAGCCCUAGAUUUUCGAAACUCUUUCGCCGCUUGCCCUUUUUUAUCUGAAAGCAUUAUCCCCUCUGAAAGAAAAAAGUGUGUGUUCCUCGACAUCCCAGAAGUGAGGUGGCCCAGCCUCAAUACUGCUGAUGGCACGAGAUGCGAGCGGGACGGCACCGUGAAGAUCCCAUCUCUGGAUGGCCACGCCUACCUUUGUCUGCCCAAAUCUCAGCCGGAAUUUACAGUACAUUUCUUGUGUAAAGUAAGCCAGAAGCCAGACUCAUCUGUAGUAUUGUCAGAAAGAAAUUAUCAAGCCAAAAAAAAACAACUAGUUGAAAAAGCAAGCAAAAUCCUUACAUGUGGAAACCUACCAGGACAGAGGCUGAAGAAUAAAGAAAAUGAACUUCACUGUCAGAUCGCGAAAUCCAAAGAACCCUCCGAGAAGAAGCGCUGUGUGACUGGAACUGAGGGGACGGAGGCUCUGCCUUGGCCUGGUGCCAAGCACACUUUUGUACACGCGUGGGUGGAACAGCACUGGUCUCUGGCCUCCUGUCCAGAGGAAUGGAAAUACCCCCUGUCUUUAGCACUUGGUUUUCGUAAUAAAAUCAGCAAUACAUCUGGAACUGAUGUCAAUAUCACUCAGAAUACAGUUUUAACUCCUGCUGUUUCAGAGGAAAGAGAAAAAGAGGUUUCUGUUCUUCCCAAGGCCCUGCCACUCAGCUGUCCUGUCCCACACCUGCACAGGUGGAAUUUUUGUGAUUCACUUUCACAGGGACAGUCUGAUGAAGAAUAUUCCUAUCCUGAACUAGUGAAAGUGGUUUGGUGCAAGGGUAUUACAUAUAGACUUACCCAUAAAAAUGUGAACUCAAUAGAGAUUUUUCCUGGAGAUGGAUCUGUUUUCAAAUCAGAAGGAGCUUAUUUUGGGAACUAUUUUACACAUUAUUCCAUUCAAGAAGGAUCAGAAGAGAGGGAAGAGAAAAUGUACUCAGUAAAUAAUCUCCCUCCAGACAGACCAGGAAGUCUGUUCUCUGUGAGUUUUCUAAUUAAACAGGCUACCAGGAUUCUUCAGCAUUGUGCCAAGAUGAGGCUUUCUUUGAGUCAUAACUAUCGUAUAUGCUGCUGGAAAAUGGUACCUGGGAUAAAUGAUAAUAUACUGCCAUUGAUUUUGAGAGAAUCAUUCAUACCCAGUGUGGGAAGAUUUCUUGCAUAUUCUGAUGACAAAGUACAUGUUAUCUUUGUAGAUGGCAUUACUCUAACUCUAAAUUGGAAUUUUGACUCUUUUAUUGAAAAGAGACAGGUAAAGCAAGGUCUCAACUUAGGUUGGUGUAAGUUAACUUUUCCUGAUGGACACGAUCAUUUAAUUCAGAUUGAACACCCCGGACCAUAUGAAAGGUAUGUGUCCACAGUAAUAUCAUGGUGCAAAAGACUGACCCAGACUAGACAGAAAGAGAUGCCCACACAUCCUUCAUCUUCUGUUCUUGAAGAAAAUUGGUGUGUGGCUUCUGAACUUGAAAAGAUACAGAAGUUUAACUUGUUACUGGAGAAGAGUGGUAUCCUAAACCCGUUUUCUAACAAGAAAAAGGAACAGUCUUCUGAUUAUAAACCAGAAUAUUCAGAAACCUUGCUAGAAGAAGUUAAUGAAAAGAGAGUAUCAGUGGCAUUAAAAAAAACCUCUGAAAUUAUUCAGGAUAUUGACUGUCUUCUAUCAAACUCUAAAAAGUGAAAAAUGAAAUUACUGCAAUAUAUUAUUAA